AUGGACAGUUACAAGUAUCGCAUCUGUGGGGAGGCUGGCGCUGAGCUGAUCAUUCCUGUCCAUACAGGCACCACCGUCUGGCUCGAGCAGCACCAGAAAUUGCUGGGUGGGCAGAGCAGCAACCCCAGCAACCAGUACAAUGGGCAGAAGGGACAGGGACACAUUGUGAAGCUGGAACUGAAGCUGUUGGCCGAUGUGGGUCUGGUGGGCUUCCCUAACGCUGGCAAGUCCGCACUGCUGUGGGCCAUCUCCAGGGCCAGACCCAAGGUGGCCAGCUACCCCUUCACGACACUGCAGCCGACCCUGGGUGUGGUGGAGUACAGUGACAUGUGGUGGCUGACCAUUGCUGACCUGCCAAGACUCAUCGAGGGCGCCUGGGCCAACGUGGGGAUGGGGCACCGCUUCCUGCGCCACGUGGAGCGGACACACUUCCUCCUCUUUGUGGUGGACAUCAACGGCUUCCGGCUGUCACCCAAACACCCAUACUGUUCACCCACCGAGAAUGUCAUGCUGGUCAACAGGCUGACUUGUGGGGUCCCCCAGGGGACCAAGAUGGGUCCUCUAUGCUUCCUCCUCCUCAUUAACGACGCCCUCACUGACACCCCCUAUCGCUGGAAGUAUGUGGACGACUGCACCGUGGGCGUCCCAGUUUCCACCAAGAACCCGGACUACUCGCCACUGCAAGCGAUCCUGGAGCGGCUGCAGACGUGGACGGAGGAGAGCAGGAUGACCAUCAACCACAACAAAACUGUGGUGAUGCAUUUCUGUACCUCCUCUGUACCAGUGCCCCCUCCCCAGCUCUCAGUGGGCCCUCACCCCCUCCAGGUGGUCCGAUGUGCCAAGCUCCUCGGAGUCACGGUGGACGACCAGCUGACCUGGAAGCAGCAUGUCGCCAGCACCAUAAGAUCAGCUACCUACAGGCUGUACAUGCUGCACAGACUCAGGUCGCUGGGGACGCCGACAGAUGAGUUAAGGGGGGUGUAUCUUACUUUCAUCCUCCCCAAACUCAUGUACGCCUCCCCAGCCUGGUCCUCCUCCCUCACACAAACUCAACAGCUACAGUUGGAGAGUGUGCAGAAAAGGGCGUGCAGGGUCAUCCUUGGCCCUGCAUACACCACCUAUGAAGAAGCCCUGAACACCCUGAAGCUGUCCAGACUAUCCACCAGGUACAGUGAGGCUCUAAAGAAGUUUGGAAGGGGACUUCUGAAUCAUCCACGUCUCAGAAGCAUGCUGCCGCCUGACGCGCCUCGCCCUACCCAUGCCACCAGACACCACAAUAAGAUAACGCCCCUAAAGGUGCCACGUACGGACCGGUACAGACUCAGUGCGAUUCCCACCAUGGUGCGAGCCAUCAAUCAAUAGUCUCUUCUAGAUUUGACUUACCUUUAGGAUUAAUGUCAAGUAUUUCCCCACCCCCAAUGUACAUUUUCAGUUUGUUGACUGCCUAAAGAAUAAACCGUUUAUUAUUAUUAUUAUUAUUAUUACACACACACACACACACACACACACACACACACUUCAUCUUUACUUUAAUUAGUGUAGUUUAUGACAAACAUCCCUCUCCCGCAAAAAAAAAAAAGGCCAACAGAUCUACUCUUUUACCUCUUGAGUUAAUUUGUACCUUAUCGCAGGCAUCGUUAUG